CGGUGGUGACUACUCAGCAGACGGUACUUCACGAUGAAGUCGUUCACACUGGUAGCGUUGGCGGGCCUCGUAGCUCUGGCUGCAGGUUACGUCGUGGUUCCCGAGGAAAAAAUCAAAUAUGCCGACAAGGACUUUCUGGUGAAGCAGAAGCAACUGCUGGAGAUAUUCCAGCAUGUCCACCAGCACGAAGUACACACCGAACUGUGGGAAAUCUCCAAACAGUACCAUAUCGAAGAGCACUACGAUCACUACACCAACGUGGAAGCCGUCGAGGAGUUCGUCGCACUGUACAAACAUGGCAUGCUGCCGUUCGAUGAAAUCUUCAGCGUUCUGCAUCACACUCACCGGGAUCAAGCGAUCGCCCUGUUCCACGUGUUCUACUAUGCCAAGGAUUGGGAUACCUUCUACAAAUCACUGGUUUGGGCUCGCUUCCACGUCAACGAAGGUAUGUUCGUGUACGCGGUCACCGUUGCCGUACUGCACCGUAAGGACUUGGCCGGCUACGAACUACCGGCCCCGUACGAAAUCUAUCCGUACUACUUCUUCAACACCUACGUCAUCCAGAAGGCCGCUCAGUACAAAAUGCAAGGUUUCUACGGAAUGAAGAAGAUCGAUGAUGUCUACACGGCGAUCAUUCCCACCAACUACACCGGUUGGUAUGUCCAUACCAAUGUCAACCAGAAGGUUUCCUACUUCACCGAGGAUAUCGGCCUGAACACCUACUACUUCUACUUCCAUGCUGACUAUCCGUUCUGGAUGGGUGGUAAGGAGUACGGACUGUACAAGGAUCGCCGCGGAGAGCUGUAUCUGUUCGUUCACCAGCAACUGCUGGCCCGGUACUACCUGGAACGUUUGUCCAACGACUUGGGAGUGAUUCCGGAAUUCUCCUGGUACAAACCGAUCACCACCGGGUACUACCCGAACAUGCAGUACUACAAUGGAAUCAGUUUCCCAUCGCGUGACAACUACCAUUCGAUCUACACACCGGAGAACUACUUCGCAAUCGAUGAGCUGGUUGACUACGAACACCGUAUCCGGGAGGCAGUGGAUCAGGGCUACAUCGUUGCACCGGACGGCACUCACAUCGAUCUGACCAAACCGGAAUCCGUUGAGUACCUUGGAAAUUUGAUCCAAUCGAAUCCGGAUAGUGUCAACACACGCUACUACAAAUACGUCGGAGAAAUCUCCCGUGUCCUGCUGGGAGCAUCCGUGGAACAUUUCGAUGAGCACAAAGUCAUUCCGGGUGUGAUGGAACAUUUCGAAACUUCCCUGCGUGAUCCGGUGUUCUACCAAAUGUACAAACGUAUCCUGCACUGGUACUGGGAAUUCAAGGAUCAUCUGCCGCACUACGCCUACGACGAGAUCAACUUCCCCGGAGUGAAAAUCGAAACCGUUGAGGUGAACAAACUGGUCACGUACUUCGAUCGGUACGAUGCCGACAUCACCAACGCAGUCGAUGUGGAGGUGUUCGACGAGGAAACCAUGAAGAAAUCGGAGAUGAAGAAGUUCGGUAAGAUCGCCCACUACCAGGGUGAAGACUUCGUAAUCAAGGCCCGUCAGUGGCGUCUGAAUCAUCUGCCGUUCACCGUCAAGCUGAACGUGGUAUCGGACAAGGCUGUCAAGGGUAUCGUUCGAAUGUACCUGGGACCGAAAUACGACCAGUACGGACACGUCUACGGAGUUAACGAAAACCGGGAGAACUUUGUCCUGCUAGAUGUGUUCCCAUGGGACUUCGUCGUUGGCAAGAACACCAUCACCCGCGAAUCGGUCACCUUCACGAUGUUCACUCAGGAUCGCACCAGCUAUUACGAGCUGUACAAGUGGGUUAUGGCCGCUACCACCGGUGAGAAGAAAUUCCCGCUGGACAUGACCGAGGCACACUGCGGACUUCCGUCCCGAUUGAUGCUACCGAAGGGCAAGAAGGGCGGUAUGCCAUUCCAGCUAUACUUCAUCGUUUCGCCGUACCACGCACCCACGGUUCCGCAGUACGAAGGUUUCGACUGGACGCUGAACUGCGGAGUCGGAUCCGGAGCGCGGUACGUCGACUCGCUGCCGUUCGGUUAUCCAUUCGAUCGGCCAAUCGACGAGAAGGUCUGGUUCACCCCGAACAUGUACUACUACGAAACAUUGAUCUAUCACAAGAACGAGAAGGAAAUCAAUGCCGUGGUUUGAGGUGACGGUCAGGCGGACUCACCGGUUCAAAGGGUUAUUGGUAAAUAAAAUAAAUUGAUUAAUGGUUAAUAGAA